AUGCCUUUCACCAAGACUUAUUUUCUUUGCCCGACGUCCGACUUCAUUCAUCCUCCUUCAGCUGGCCCCCUCUGCCUGGGCUCUAUAAUUCGGUCGACAUCAACCCCGCAGUUCCCCCUCAACCGUUCAAAUAUCGUUCCGGUGGUUAAUGAAAACCCACCAGUGGUGGAAACUGAUUGGAAGAAGACUAUUUCAGCUGAGACAGGAAUCGGGUGUGGCGUUUACGCGCAAUUCCUCCAGCUUGCUACAGGAGGGUUGGGUUUGCGCCCUGAGGUGCAAUUUGAAAAAUCCAGUCAAACUGCGGAUACAUUCGCGUUUGACACAGUCACGACUUUGUCAUUUGAGCCGACGCCGCAGUUUAUCGACGAUGCUGUUAAGGCGCCUGCUGUGCAGGCCUACCUACAAGAGCCAAAGCAGCGGUUCUCUCCUGUUGUAUCCCUUUAUCUGGUCACGGGUAUGAAGCUCGUUAAGGGCGCGAAAAUAAAGUACUCAGUGUCGGGCACCAAGGGAGUCACCGGAAACAUCGGCAUUGAUGUAGCUCCGCUUGCCAUUACUGCAGGACCUAAGGCGCACUGGACCAAAACCAAUGGUGAUGAGACGGAAUUCAGUCGAAAUUCUGAGUUUGUUUUCGCCUUUCGCGUCAAAAGACUCAGAUUUGGACGGAAGGUUGAGGCUAAAGAAUACAAUAAAGGUGCUUUGUUGGCGAUUGGAGAAAACAGGACUAGGGGAAUAGAAUGUGUCUUGGUGGACGAUUUGGAUGGCUCUGACAUCCCGAAUGCGACACUUGUCCCUGAUAUAAGCGAAUGUGAUAAUAUCUACUGCAUUCCAAGCUGA